CCCGUAAGCCGGCGGUGUCCACGUUCAUAGCCGCCGGGUCCGCACUGUUGGGCGCUAUCGCGAUGGGUACUGUUCUGGGAUGGAGUUCCCCCGCCAUCACCAGUAUGGGCGACACCGACAGCAGCCCACGGCUCACCGACUCGGGUACGCAGACGGAGGCCUGGAUCAAGUCGAGCACCACGUUGGGCGCACUGGUAGGCGCGCUGGCAUCCGGACCGUUGGCGCAGGUGUUGGGACGCAAAAUGGCGCUAAUAUUAUACGGCCUUCCCAUGUUGGCCGGGUUUGGCUGCCUGUGGUUGGCCUCCAAUUUUGCCACAAUUAUCAUCGGCCGGACGCUGACAGGUCUGGGCGCGGGGCUCGUGUCCGGCACUGCGCCCACAUAUGUG